GCCGUCGUUUCUCUCUGUUACUACCGCAUAUCCCACCUCCUCCACCAACCACCAACCGCCCCAUGGAUACUCAUCACCCUCGCCGAGCUUCUUCUCUCCGUCAUCUGGUUCUUAAACCAAUCCUUCCGUUGGCACCCCGUCUCGCGGACAGUCAUGACCGACAAGCUUCCCAGGGAGGACAACCUCCCGGGCCUCGACAUCUUCGUNUGCACGCUCGACCCUGAGAAGGAACCCACGGUGCAGGUCAUGGACACGGUUGUUUCGGCCAUUGCCAUGGACUACCCUUCUGAUAAGCUGGCUGUGUAUCUGUCCGACGAUGGUGGUUGUCCGGUGACUUUAUACGGUAUGAAAGAGGCCGGUGAGUUCGCGAAGGAGUGGGUUCCCUUCUGCAGAAAGUAUGGGGUGAAGUUGAGGUGCCCAAAGGCGUUCUUCUCUCAGAUGGAUGAAGAUGAAGACCUUCUUCGGCACGAGGGAUUCAGGGCUCAUCGUGACCUCAUCAAGGCUAAGUACGAGAAAAUGCAGACAAACAUCGAUAAAUUUGGUUCAGACCCUGACAAUCUUCGACUUGUCAACGACAGGGCUCCUCGUAUUGAGAUUAUAACUGAGGAGGCAGGUUUGCCACUUGUUGUUUAUGUGUCUCGGGAAAGAAGGCCAUACCUUCCUCACAAAUUCAAAGGAGGAGCCCUCAACACAUUGCUCAGAGUCUCGGGUUUUCUCAGUAAUGCACCUUAUUUUCUAGUAGUGGAUUGCGAUAUGUAUUGCAAUGAUCCAACUUCUGCCAAACAAGCCAUGUGCUUCUUCCUUGAUCCUCAGACCUCCAAAGAUACUGCAUUUGUUCAAUUCCCUCAAAUGUUUCACAACCUUAGCAAAAAAGAUAUCUACGAUAGUCAAACAAGGAAUGCUUUUAAGACAAAGUGGCAAGGCAUGGAUGGACUAAGAGGUCCUGGUCUUUCUGGCAGUGGUAAUUACUUGAGUAGAAGUGCGUUACUAUUUGGAAGUCCUAACCAAAAGAAUGACUAUCUGCAAGAGGCACAAAAGUACUUUGGAAACUCUACUGGGUUCAUUGAAUCACUGAAGGUCAUCCGUGGACAGAAAACUACCAAAAAGAGCAGUUCAAGAGAAGAAACGUUAAGAGAAGCCNUAGCAGUGUGCUCCUGUUCCUACGAAAACAACACAAAAUGGGGUACAGAGGUGGGAUUCUCCUACGUGAUCUUACUUGAGAGUACUGUUACUGGGUAUAUUCUUCACACCAGAGGAUGGAGAUCAGCUUAUCUUUACCCCAAAACGCCAUGUUUCUUAGGGUGUGCCCCCACUGACAUCAAAGAAGGCAUGAUUCAAUUGGUUAAAUGGUUGUCUGAACUUCUCUUG